AUGGCUUUGCCUCCUAUAGUCACUCAACGCUUGCAACCUCAAACGUCUGUGCCGGAAGGUGGAGAAGUCUGCCUGGACUGCCAAUUUGGUGGAGUUCCAGAACCGAUUGUCUCUUGGUUUAAGGACGGUGUCAAGAUUCACUCAAAUCCAGACUUUCAGUAUGCAAUGCUAGAUCGGUUACAUUUCCUAAAUCAGGGUGAGCAGGAAGAAGUUACAAGAAUGGGUUCCAGAUCGGAUUACGCCUUCCUAGCCCAGCGUUUUUUCUACCGGACCCCAAAGAGAUUGUCUCGAGGGUAUCGUCAAAAGCAUUGUGCCUCCAUAAUCAACCUACAGCAGACCAAGAUGAAUUAA